AGCCUCAUCGCUCUCCAAACCAUAUGGCCACGCGGACGCUCGUAGCUUCAGUCGCGCCUCGGACAGCGGAGCGAUAAGUCGUAGCUAUACUGGACUACUUUCACGGGGAUAAGUGACAGACGGCAAGCGACUUGGUGUCAAGGGAUAUUCUACGGAAGGGCUUGUACAUGAAGGAGGUGACCCCUUUCUCCAACUCGCCUGAGAAACACCAGAAACCAAGUCAAUUAGGACAAAAGAUCGUUCCCUUUGAUCAACCGGACUUUGUUAUUUGAGGAAAUAUUGGAUCUCAGGGACCGUCAGGCGCCAUGACAGCCCCGGCCUGGAAAGAACGAACAGCAGUGGACUGACAAGACCAAAUGGGGAGCACUAAUCUGUAUUGAAAACACGGCCUCGCAAUGCUGAAUCAUUCAAGCAUGCUGGUCACGGAAAUGGUGACCAGCGCAGGCGAUUACAACGCCACCGCCGACUGGACAACGUGGCCCACCGUUGACCACAACACCACCGACGCAGAUGCCAACACGACGGAUGAACCACAACGCUAUUUUCCUGCUGGGUACCCUAGCGGAUACACCUGGGCCCACAUCAUCUUCGCAGCCAUCUUGGUGACUAUUGUGAUGCUGAUGAUCGUGAUUGGUAACUUCCUCGUGAUCUGGGCCAUCAUAACGGACAGGAAUCUGAAGGCCACACAGAACCUCUUCAUAGCUUCUUUAGCUCUGGCCGACUUCCUCAUUGGCCUCAUAAUUAUCCCGUUCUCACUUUCGAACGAGCUCAUGGGGUAUUGGUUCUUUGGAACAAUCUGGUGUGAGUUAUGGAAAGCCAUUGAUGUCCUGCUAUGCACUGCAUCCAUCUCAAGCCUAUGUUUAAUAAGUUUAGAUAGGUACUGGUCGAUAACUCGUGCCAUUCACUACUCCCGUCAACGGACCCCCAAGAGAGCGACGAUCAUGAUCGCAAUUGUAUGGGUGGUGUCUGCUGCUGUUUGUAUUCCUCCGUUGAUUGGCUGGAAGGCUCCUCGUCAGAAGGAUACAACUUACCCCAUGUGCAACCUCAGUGAAGAUAUCGGGUAUGUCUUGUAUUCCUCCAUAGGGUCCUUCUAUAUCCCGGCUAUAAUUAUGGUGUUUGUGUAUUAUAAAAUCUACCAAGCUGCGAAAAUGCGAGCUCGUAAAACUGUCACCAAAGCGCCAAAAGCAGCCCUUGGUGGAAAGGGGGAGCAGAAAAACUCAACGGAAUCGAGCGUCACGGAACAAGGUCACGGUAACGAGACCAAAGGUCACGAUGAGAACGAGGAAGACUUUGAAGAGCCGGGGCAAGAAAAACAAGGCCACGAAGCAUACACAACGGAUGACGAUACGGCAAUGCAUGUGCAGACAUCCGAUACUAACACAAUCUCCCAGCCUUUGCCGAGUGAUGAAAUGGCGAAGUUGAUAUCCACAGACUCGGACUCGACAUGUGAUAUUUCAUUACGGACCCUUAACAGGGGAGAUAAUUCCAGCAGGCUUGGGACAAGUACUCUCCUGACAAGUGAUACAGAGUCAUCUUCGGAACAACACCGAAGCCUGCUAAGCUCCAAUGGAAAAGAAAGGGAUGCGAACACCGACUCAGGCCCGGAGCCAGGGAACGGACAAGUUCACCAGUUCACAAUAAUUGAGCCCAAACAAAACGGAACCCCUUCUGUCAUAACCCCGAACAGACAAAAAAGGGAUCGGAACCGUUUUCUUGGUAAUAUUACUCGCCAUCUUUUCAAUGCUAACCGGGAGAAAAAGACUCCCAAAAAGUCAGAUGAAAUAAAGGAAAAACCGACAGAUUAUUUCUCAGCAGAGAAGCACAAGCGAAAACUUGCCAAAGCCCGCGAACGGAGGGCAACAGUCGUGCUUGGACUUGUGAUGGCGGCCUUCAUCUUGUGCUGGCUGCCAUUCUUUAUUCUCUAUGUAGCGUCUGCCUUCUGUGUGGAUUGUAUUCCAAGAGUGGUGUUCACUGUGUUUUUCUGGAUUGGAUACUGUAACUCCGCCUUAAAUCCCAUUAUCUAUACCGUAUUCAAUAGAGACUUUAGGAAAGCUUUCGGAAAAAUCAUUUUUGGGAGGCGAUGGGCACGAAGAGGAUAGAUUGAAUCCAGUGAACCAUGUUAAUUCUGCCGUAUAUUUUGUUCAAAAAACGUCAGUCGGUGUAUAUAAUGUUUCCAUCAUCAUAUAUUAUAUCGUGCCGUUGUUUUAGUUUUAGAAAGCAAAAUAUACAGCAGCGACAAACGUUGUUCCACGAGCUCUCCUUGAACACAAUUCGGACACAACUGAGGACCCUUCCCAUUUAAUCUCUCCAGCUCUGUAGCCUGUCCUUUGCCUCCAGAAGAGGGUGCUUGAAAUAAAUACUCUUAACCAUUAUACAAAACGAUUGUUAAAAGGUAAUAUUUUAGAUAACGUAAUUAUAUUUAUUUAUGAAGCACUAAUUGUACAUUUUUUAUGAAACCAAAAUUAAAUUGGAUUGAAAUUCACCAAAAUAUUUGGGAAAGGUAUAAUUGUUAGAUUCCGUUCGGCAUUUAGUGCUUAUUUUGGUCAAAAACAUUUUGAUAUUCCAAGUACCCUCUUGCAGAUGAUGGAAUCCCACAAGACACCCCGUAAAGACCCCUGCGAGGGUUCCUUGUGGAUAGAGUGUGUAGCGAUUGCGUGAAUACAGAGAUUUUAAAUGGAAAGAGAAUAUGUUGUCUGUGCAACAACGGAGAUAUGCUUGUGCAACUUGCACCGUGUUGGCUAUGUAACCUUUUCCGGGAUAUGUAUUAUAUAUAACCUAUUUGUGUCAUUAUUUUUAAAUUCGGAAAAACGUUUCCAGUUAUCUGUUAUAUUUAAACUGUUAUUUGGACUUAUUGUUAACCUUGAUAUUAUGACGCUAACAAUGUUAACAUUUACAAAUUAAUAUAUAUUUUAAAUGACUUUGUCUUGGUAGCUGUAAUAUUUGAGGUUACAUAAACGUUGGUGAUAUAUUUGAUAUCCUGGUCAAAAUUUAACAUCAUGUGCCCAAAGAACAAUUCACUUGAAUGAUGUGAAGAUCACUGUGCUUCUAAUGGUUCCUCCUCAUUGACUGAAUCCACAUAACUGCACUGUUGUAUAGUAUUUAGCAUCAUUCACAACGAAUCACAAAUGAUUGUUUUGUACAUAGUAAACGCCUUUCACCCCUU